UUAAAGAGCCGCCGGAAAACACGUGUGCAUAUAUUACACGGCUGCGACGACGAUACAGGAAAGCUGUUAUUUAGGAGAUUUAUUUAAAGUGUUUUGAUAAGGAGAUGUCAAGAUGAAAGGACCUGGAAGAAUCAAGAACAAGGGAGCAAAGGGAAAGAGAUGGAAAAAGGGCCAGAGCUGCGUGACUAACCCACAGAAGAAAGGACACAGAGAGGCAGCAAAACAGAACAGGUUUCUGCCUUCUAAUUUCAGGAAAGCUCCCAGACAUUCAGAAAGUGGAUUGACACAGAAAGCCCUCGCUGAGCACAAUGUGGUGCAAGGGGACAGUGAUGUCAUGAUGGGGGGCGUGGCCUCGGACAGUGUCUCCGUCGGUGGGGAGACGUAUGGUACUUUCUUGAGCGGGGUGACCGACUGUUCUCAACCGGCAUUUAAUCGGGUUAAGAGGUAUUGGGAGUCAAGUUCCGCGAGUCAUAAAGAGAUUUGUGCCGUUUUGGCUGCCGUGACUGAAGUGAUACGGGAAAAAGGUGGCAAGGAAACAGAGACAGAAUAUUUUGCUGCUUUGAUGACCACACUGGAUACAGUAGAUGAUGAUGAAGCUGUAUCUGCUGUGCUUUUCCUGUUGUCUCUUAUCAUCAAAAGAGUACCAUCGUCGAUACUAAAGCUGAAGUUUUCUGUUUGCUGUCAGACACUGCUUAAGAUCCUAGCCCAGCAAUCAUCGUCUCCUGUCGCGGCCACAUCGGUCGUUCGGUCCACCCUCUCCUGUCUCAGCACCAUCCUGCGAGUCCAGGACCCGAUUGUUUGGUCGGACUCCUCUACGCUUCAAGUAUAUCAUGGCAUUCUGAACUAUGCCAUCCAUUCAAAGCCAAAGGUACGCAAAGCUGCUCACCAUGCCGUGUGCUCUAUUCUGAAAGGAAGUAAAUUCAUGACCUUGCCCGACCCUCCUUCCCAUCAUCCUGCAGCUGUGACAACAUCAAAGUUCUGUGUGCAGCAGAUAGAGCAACAUGGAGGUACUGGAGAGGCAGGAACAACGUGUCAUGUGCUGACCCUUCUCAAAGACAUUCUUGUGACCUUUCCAAGGAAUCAACUCAAGACGACAUGUGAAACCAUAUUAAAGGUCAUGACCCUGAGCAAUGUGCUUGUGACAUCAGUAUCGAUGAAGGCGCUGCACGGAAUGUUCACCAUGCAGCCGAGCCCUGCUAGUCUCCCUUCAGACCUGAAUGCUCAGCUGAUCAAUGCCCUGUAUGAUUACCAGCCGGGUGAGAGCGAUUCCCAAGCCAUGCAGGCGUGGCUGGCCGUCAUGCAACAGGCUCAUCUAAAUCUAUUCAGACUGGAUGAAAAGCUUUGCGUCAGUCAUUUACCCCGUCUCUUUUCAUCAGCCAUGGUGUGUUUCCUGUCGGACAGGGCUGAUGUUGAAGUGUCUGCUACAGGGGUACUCAAGACACUGCUCAUAGAAUGUGUGAAGCCAGCCAGGGACAACAUCACCAAGAACCAGGGUGCCAGUGCUUCUAUCAGGAAGAUGUUUCAAGCAGUGGAGGCAGGACUCUCCUACAAGUUCCACUCGUCGUGGGGCCUGGUCAUGAAAAUUUUGGCAGCCUUCUUCGAGGCAUUUGGUGGGGAGGGUCACAGUUUCAUGUCCAAGUGUCUCCAGACCAUGUGUGACCUCCGUGGGUCACAGCAUUUUGCCUACAAGCAGGAGCUGGACAAGGCAAUGGGAGCAGCCAUCUUGGCUAUGGGGCCUAGGCUUGUGCUCCAGGCUGUCCCACUACAAAUCACAGGAGAUGAAGACAACUAUGAAUUUCCAAGGAGCUGGUUGAUUCCUGUGAUACGAGACAACGUAGCGAACACCCAGCUAAGUUUCUUUACCAAGUAUUUCCUCCCACUAGCAGCAAAACUCAGAACAAGAUCUCUUGAAUUGACGGACCAAGGUAAGAAGGUUGAAGGGAAAACCUAUGAUGUCCUCCAGUCUCAGAUCUGGUCCUUGCUGCCUGGAUUCUGCAAGAACCCAACAGAUCUAGCAGUAGCCUUCAAAGGCAUCGCCAAGAUCUUGGGAACUGCCCUCAAUGAAAGACCAGACCUACGACUGGACGUGUGUUCGGCCAUCAGGAAUCUGAUAACGAAGAACUUAGAUCAUGAGUUGAAUCGAGCGGAGUUGGCUCGCUUUGAUAAGAACUACCUACCUAUCCUCUUCAACCUGUACACCAGUGGAAACGCAAGACAGGAUACAUCUCUCUUUGCAGUCUUAGAGACGGUCAAGGUCUAUCUCCAGAUUGCAGAUGCUAAGCUGAUUGCUUCUAUGUCGGACAAGGCUUGUCAGAAGCUGGAACAGGAAACGACUGAACGCCAGCAUGCAGUUAUGGAUCUUGUCGUUGCCAUGGCAGCCCACCUGGAUGCAGAUCACAUGACCAAGCUCUACAAGAUGAUCACUCCCAUGCUAGAGAGCACAGAUCGUACGAUGCAGAAGAAAGCUUACAGAGUGCUGGAAGAGCUGUGUGAAGCCGAAUCCACCGCUUCUCGGGGUUUCCUGCAAGCUAACCUCGACAACCUUCAGACUGUUCUCUUGAAAUCACUCUCUAGCUCAUCUCCAUCAUCUAAAGCUCCAAGACUAAGGUGCCUACAUCACAUCGUCAAGAGCAUUCCAGAAGAGAAUGAAGCUUUUAUCGUCGCCAUACUACCCGAGAUCAUACUCUGUACGAAGGAAAUCAAUCAGAAAGCCAGAGCAUCGGCCUUUGGGCUCCUUGUAGAGAUUGGAAAGACAUUGCUCAAGCACUCUGAUCAGCCAAGAGAAUUGUGUGUCAGCAAGUACUUGGAGAUGUUGGCUGCUGGCUUAGCGGGGUCACCUCAUAUGGUCAGUGCAACCGUCCUAGCUCUUACAAGGAUUCUAUUUGAGUUCAAAGACAUUAUGCGAGGCCCUCUAUUGGAGCAGUUAGUAGAUGCUGUGGAUACCCUGAUGCAAGCAAAGGGACGAGAGAUACUCAAAUCAGCACUGGGACUUAUUAAGGUCUUAUGCACUGUCAUUCCUGAUGUUGUCCUAGCCCCACAUGUAGAAAAACUUAUUCUUAGUAUAGCCGGUCUGAAAGAAGCUAACAGAAGAAACUUGAGAGUCCCGAUCAAAGGGAUUUAUGCUCGUCUAGUCCGCAAGUUUGGAUACGAGAUGAUCAGGAAGAUGAUCCCAGAACACCAUCAGAAGAUGGUGCACAACAUUAAGAAGACCCAGGAACGAACCAAGAGGCACAAGGCUCUCAAGGCUGCAUCCAAACAGGGUGAUCAAGAGGGGGGCGAGGACGAGGAUGGAGAGGAUUUCGAUGCCCUCGUACCACAGAAACCUAAACCUGAAAGCAUCGAGGAGAUUCUUCAAGAAACAGACUCAGAGAGUGAUGUGGAGGAUGAGGACGCCAAAGAUGCCAAGUCAAAGGUCAAAGUUCGAAAGACAAAGAAGGUGGCCGCUCAGCGAGGCAAGGCAUGGUUGAAGGAAGGAGAGAAAGAAGAUGCACCCCUUGACUUCCUAGAUCCUAGUGUAUCAAGAAGAGUCCUUGCCACCAAACCAGAAUCGAAGGAGACCCAAUCAGCGGGUCACAUCAAGCAUAACUUCAAGACCCUCCCAGAUGGUAGGCUCCUCAUUGCAGAGAUGGAAGAAGAAGGAGGAGAGAAGGUGAAGGGGAAGAAGAAACAAGGAGGGAAGGCCAAAGAAGGAGGAGCAGUGAUUGAGGAUUUGGAGGAUAUGAUGGAUGAUGAAUUUUCAAAGUUUCAAAAGACAACAAAACGGAAGCUUGAGGAUCUCAGUAUAUCAGAUGAUGAAGACGAGACGCCUACCAAGUACAAAGCUGGAGGGAGCGGUAUCCAUCGUCCUAUCGGGGUCCCUAAGAAAGAGAAACCCGUCAUGAAACCUGGUCAAGAAUAUGCUGCUAAGAAAGCUGGCGGUGACAUGAAGAAGAAAGGGAAGCAGGAUCCAUUUGCGUAUCUUCCACUCAACAGGCAGCAGCUGAAUAGAAGAAUGAAGAAAAAGGCGGCCGGUCAGUGGAGCUCACUAAGUAAAGGAGGAAGCAAGAUGGCAAUGAAGAAAAACAAGUCAAAGAAGAAACGAUGAUGGCAUCUGAAGGAACCCCUCUAGCAGA